AACGUGCUUUUUACAUUUUGCCGGUUUCGACAGCCGGCCGGUUUGUUAAUUUGCUUUGCCAGUCCACCCAUUAGUCCACUGUCCAGUCUGUGUACAGCUGUCGUGGUGAUCGUACGUUCAUUGUGCUAGUUACUGUAAAAAAUAAAUAUGCCGAAAGUCGUUUUUCAUUAUUUCCCCGUAAAGGCUCUGGGAGAGUCAGCUCGUCUCCUACUUGCGUAUGGUGGACAGGAAUUCGAAGAUAAACGCGUCUCAAUGGAAGAUUGGCCAGCAUACAAACCAUCCACUCCAUUCGGUCAAAUGCCGGUGCUGGAGAUCGAUGGCAAGCAAUACGCUCAGAGUAUGGCCAUCGCGCGCUACCUCGGACGCAAGUACGGUCUCUCAGGCCAGGACAUCGAAGUGGACUUCGAGAUCGACCAGAACAUCGAGUUUGUGAACGACAUACGUGCGAAAGCGGCAUCCGUACACUAUGAGCCAGAUGAGGCGAUCAAAGAAAAGAAACACGAGGACUUCGUGAAGAAUCAAUAUCCGUUUUUGAUUGGAAAACUCGACGAGAUUAUCAAGAAGAACAAGGGCCACAUUGCUGCUGGAAAGCUCACGUGGGCCGAUUUCGUCUUCGCCGGUAUGUUUGACUAUCUGAAGGUAAUGCUUCGCAUGCCCGAUCUGGAACAAAAGUAUCCAAGCUUCAAGCAAGUGAUUGACGCGGUAUACGCCGACGCCAAAGUGAAGGCUUACAGUGAAAAUGUACCCAAGGCAGAUGUCAACUUCUAAAAUAAAAUGCCUAUUAAGUAAUAGUUAGCACUGAAGUGAUAACUAUUUCUGUCAUGUCGAAUUAUUUUUAAUCACUUGUCGGAUCAUAGUGGUCGGAGAAAUUGACUGCCAUUUGGAUCACUUCUGAUCACCAUGAUCCUACAACGAUUUUGAUAAAUGAACCAAUGUAAAGUAAUGCAAUAUUCUUAUUAUUAAUAUUGUAUACAAUUGCAGAUCCUAUUUUCAUAUAUUAAAUAAAAAUAUAAGAUGUAUCUCAACUUCUUAACAUAAUGUUAUA